UAGCAUAAGAAAAGAAUUACUCACCAAGGCCGCGUCGACGCCACCGCGCGAGACGCGGCCGUCGCCUCCGUCCGCAUCGACCCGCGCGACGCGACGGAGCCACGAGACAUAAGGGACCGGUCGUCGCGCCAUUGCGCCAUGACCGCGUUGCCCUCCUCCGCGUCCUCAGCCACGGAGUAUUUUGAGAGCGUCGCCUCGAGCAGCUCCUCGUCGCCCGCGCCGCUCAAGACCGACCGCAGCUCCGGCUCCCGCAGUCCCACACGACUGGACCGUUUUCCGGCGGCGCGCUUCUGCGCGCGUCUAUCCCUUGAUAAGUCAGUAGACCUCGCGAAGAGCUUGGGCUUGCCGCCCUUGCGGCCCUUCUUCGCCAUCGCCGCCUCCGAAGCCCGCGUCGCGGCGUUCACCUGGGCGCGAUACGGCCCGAGGUCGGCCCACUCCUUCUUGUGCGGCACGGGGAACGGGUUCGUCAUCUCGUUCGCGCCUGCGUUUGUCAAAGGUGGCGCGGGGGAGGCGAACUCUCGACGACUCGUCGCGGCGACGGCGUGGCGAGCUCUCGAGGUGCCAGCACGCCAUCGACGCGAUCCUUUCGGGACGUGUGGAGUACGCUCGACGACGUCUCGUCAACGUCCGCGCCGUCGCGCAGACACGGGUACGGAUUCGGACGCCGCCGCGCGCAGUGGUACCUCCCAGCUACGGACGUCGUGGAGGCGAAGUGGGCCGAGGCGUCGUAGGCGGGCCGGCCGUCGUAGGCGCCCUGCGUGUGCUUCGUGUCCCACUGCAAAUGGGACGAGCCGAGCAGCGACUUCAUCGUGUUUCCCGAUUCGUUCUGUCGAAACAGCUGCGACUGGCGCACGCAGGGUCUCGAACCGAGCUGAUUGCCCUGGUUCUGGGUCGCGGCGCUGGGGUCGUGCCAGUGGCCGGCCAUCUGUUCCGGCGCCUGCUCGAUGGCGUGCAGGGCCUCCCGAGUCUGAAGGGUUAGAUUGCCCCGCAAAAGUGGUCGACGACGGGUCGCAGCUAGGCGCGUCGUGGUCCGCCGGGGCAGCCGAUUCGUCGGUCGCGGAGAGGGCGCCUGUUACUGAACCUGUGGGCUGCCCGCAGCGCUGA